CCCAUUGGCCGAGCGAGCCGCCUGUAAUGGCGGCGGCACCGCCCCCCGAGCGCAAGAAGAACCCCCCGGGGACGCACUGAGCACAAGAUGGCGGUGCUGGCCUCCCGCCAGGGCCCAGGCGGGGCUCCUGCUGCCGCCAUUAGGCCCCUUCCCCUCCCCUCCGGUACAGCCUUGUGUCAGGCUAUGGGAGGCCUGAGCAUGGCAGUGAGGAAGCAGCCGACUCCAUCUUCUCUCUCUGUGUGUUCGUGUCCCGCGAUCAUCGCCGCGACCAUCGCCCCUGCACCCCCCCGGACAGCAGACUGCGCUCACCGCGACCGGACCGGCUCCGACAUCAGCCGGCCCACACUGCAGCACAGCGGCUCCGCCACGGGACUGCCCGCCGAUCGACCCAGCACGCCGCAACGGUCCUUUCCUCUCCUCUCUCUCUCUCCAGGAGCUGUAGGCUAGCCCAGAGCACGGCUGGUGCUCGCUUACCAGCCAAAUAUCGGAGCCGUGCAAUCCCCCUCCCCUAAACCCACCGUCACCCCUCCCCUCCCCUCGCUAGGGUGUCCCGAGCAGGGCCCGCUGCCGCCUCCCCGCGCCCCCUCCCUCGUCCUGGCCCUCACGAAACAAACCCACCCGGGCCGCCUCAAUUUUAAAAAAUGGUUUUUACCUCAGGAAUGGGCGCCAAAGGUGCAGUGGCGGUGACCCGGGCGGGCCGGUGCUGUGGCGGUGCCCAGCAGCGGCCCUCCCUCCCCCCGCGGGGGCGGCGAGGGGCUGUGGGGCCCGCGGAGGGGAGGGAGCCGGGGCUGUGUUGGGCCGGGGGUGUUUUGUUGUGUGUGCCGUGCCGUGCCGUGCCCUGUGACAGGUCAGAGUUCGUGACCCCGCCGUCGCCGCCCGGGAGCGCGUCCCCGCUUCCUCUUCCAGCGCCCGCCCUGCCGCGGCCCCUCCAUCCCCCGCGGGGCGGGGCUGGCGGCGGGGAGGGGCUACCGGGCUACCUGGGCCGCCCGAGCCCCGCACCGCUCGGUCCGGGCCUGGCUCCCGGGGCAGUGCAGGGAGGAGCUCGGCCCCUGGGGCAGCGACGGGAAGGAACGGCCCCCGCCUUUGUCCGUCCCGCUUGGAAAGCUUCUCGGGAGCCGGUAGCCCGAGGUAAUGGGUUGGCGGUGGCUGUUCCGUGCGCCGGUGGUGCUGGUAUUCCACGUGUACCUUGGUUUUCGCUGAAGGUGCAGUCAAAGGCAGGCUCGCAGUCGAGAGAGGCUCUCACAAACGCCACCGCCAGAUUGUACCGAGUUCUUAUUUCAUUUUCUGAAGUCAGUGUCAUUGAUUAGGGCUCUCACGGUGAAGCUGGCCGUGAGUCUUGUUCUGCCUCUGAAUGCUCAGUGGUAGGCGCAAGCCAGGCUUGAGUGAGGGAUUGUUUGUUUGUUUUUCUUAGAAGUGGCUAUUUGGGGCAAGGAUAUGAGAAAUAAAGAAGUACACCUAUGAAUUACAGCCUGACUGUCACAGAAUGGGACUUAGCAAAGCACAUAAUGUACAGAUGUCUUUGCAAUACAUAAAUAAAGGAAAAUGUCUCAAUGUC